AUGGCAUGGACAACUCGAAUUUUGACUUCAAAUUAUAUGAAAAUACAAAUGCAUCCCUCUUUAACUACACAAGGAACUCCUCAAGAACGACAACAACAUGCGCCAAAUUGUGAUGAUAUUAAUUGUAAAGGUUGUGAAAUUGGAGAAAUAGAAAUAGUAUUUACUGGUGGUAGUGAUAAUGAAAAGGGUGACAAUGGUGAAGUUGAACUAAAGCCAUAUCAACUUUUUCAAUUAGCACAAGAAGAAAUUGCCAAGAAACUUUUUGAAAUGGCACUUGAAGGUUUUGAUAAAUUAUUGUUGGAAAGUAAAUUACAAGAAAAAAAGAAAAAUGAUGGCGGUGAAUUGGUUGUGACGACCAUGAUGGAUGAAAUAGAUCAAAUUAAAUAUCAAUACGCGUUGUGUUGUAUUACUUUUGGUAAUUAUUUACCAAUUGAUAAAGAGAUACAAAAGGGUGUAGAUAUGCUUAAAGAAUUGGUUGAAGGAAAAGAAGGUGAAAGGAACGAAGAUGAAAAGAAUUCGGAGUUUUUUGAGAGUUGGCUUGCGCUUGGAAAAGGUCAAAUAUAUUUGUCUAAAUUACAAAGUUCUAAAUUCGAUGAUGAUAACGAACAAGAAAAUUACACAAUUUCUGAAUCAGAGUUGAAUUUAUAUUCUCAAGGAAUAAAAGCUUUUGAUCAUGAACAAUUAGAUAAAGCAAUCAAAAAGCUAUCUAGUUCAAAAGUUCCUUAUGUUGAAAUGCUUGGACAAGCAUACCUAUUAAAAUCAACGUUGGAACAUGAUGAUAUAGAAUGUAAUCAUGCAUUUGAAAAGGGCAUAGAAUAUUUGUUUAAAGCCUAUGAACUUGAUCCAGGUAAUAAAUUAUCAUAUUAUACAUCUUUUUCUUAUAUUUUAUAA